AUGCGUCUUCGUCGGUUCGUCCCUGAGCUUUUGCUCCUGGGCUCAACUACCCAAGCUCGACCUACGGACGAGUGCCCUGAUGGGGUUUCUAUCGUCAAGGUCCAGCCUGAGGUUAUCGUUGGGCUUCAGCCUGUCAGUAUUAGUGCUGUGUUUCCUAGUAACACGGUGCUUACUAUUGAUGGGACUACGAUUCCUAUCACUGGUGCUCCUACUACCUUGGUCACUGCAUUUACAAUCACGAAGACUUCGACUAGGUACAUCACUGGGAACCCGGAACCGUACUUUACUGGUCCCUAUACAACCAUCACUAGUAACGACCCCGGAUCGAACCCCACUACGAUCACCCGAGCCCCCUCUGGCAAUGACCACACUGGAACCGUUAUCAUAGUCAACCCAUCGGGUGGCUCUGGUGGCUCUGGCUCUGGCUCUGGUGGCUCUGGUGGCACACGUCCUGCCUUCACUGGCCCGUAUACGACUAUUACAAACAACGGACCUCCUGGAAGUCACCCAACCACUCUGACUCUUCCCCCUGGUGGCAAUGACCCCAGCGGAACCGUCAUCGUGGUUGUCCCCUCUGGUAGUCAAAGCAAGACUUUCACAGGUCCAUACACGACUAUCACGGCUGAUGGACCGGGGUCUCAGGGUACCACUGUGACACUCCCUCCUUCUGGCACGGAUGGCACUGGCACUGUUAUCGUUAUUGGCCCUACGAACACAUCACCUGGAUCUGGACAUGCUUCCUCUGGUGCCCCCAACCCCAACUCUGCCACUUCGAAGGGUACCUUCACUGGUCCGUUCACCACCAUUACUGGUAUCAAUACUGGUUCGUCUGGUACGACCGUGACGCUCCCUCCCUCUGGUACUGGCUCUGUCGGCACUGUCAUUGUCCUCGAGCCUAGCACCAGUGCUCAGAAGACCACAUUCACAGGCCCCUUCACUACUAUCACUGGAGUCAACACUGGUUCUUCUGGAACUACAGUCACACUUCCUCCCUCAGGCACUGGCAGUAUCGGUACGGUUAUUGUCCUUGAGCCAAGCACAACUGCGCAGAGGACGACCUUUACAGGUCCCUUCACCACGAUCACCGGCGUCAAUUCCGGCACCGCCGCUUCAACUGUUACCCUUCCCCCCUCAGGCUCGGAUCCCACCGGUACUGUCAUCGUCCUCGAACCCAGUGGGACGUCGAAGCCAACUACCUUCACUGGUCCCUUCACAACCAUCACUGGAGUGAACACCGGCACAUCGGGCACGACUGUUACUCUUCCUCCUUCUGGCACUGGCUCAGUAGGUACUGUCAUCGUCCUUGAGCCUAGCACAACUGGACCGCGAAGCACCUUCACUGGCCCCUUCACUACGAUCACCGGCGUCAACUCAGGAAGUCUGACUGCAACACUUACACUGGCCCCAUCUGGCUCUGAUCCCACCGGCACGGUUGUCAUCCUCGAGCCUUCAGUUACUGCUCCUGCCUCUAGCUUCACAGGCCCUUUCACCACCAUCACUGGUAUCAACACCGGCACUGGUGUUGCAACUCUCACUCUGGCUCCCUCGGGAACGGACUCAACUGGAACUGUUGUCAUUCUCGAGCCUUCCUCCACUGCGCCUUCAAGCACUUUCACUGGUCCCUUUACCACCAUCACAGGAUCUGGUCCCGUCCCAACCACCGUCACCCUUCCUCCCUCUGGUGGUGACCCAAGCGGUACUGUUAUCGUGAUUGGUCCUCCUGCAAGCACAACCUUUACUGGUCCUUUCACUACGAUCACUGGUGUCAACACUGGUACUGGCGCCUCUACCGUGACCCUUCCGCCUUCAGGCACCGACACUGUUGGUACUGUCAUUGUGCUGGAACCAUCCACAACUAAGACCUUUACUGGUCCUUUCACUACCAUCACUGGCGUGAAUACUGGCACUGGUUCUUCUACAGUCACCCUCCCUCCUUCUGGUACUGAUACUAUCGGUACGGUGAUCGUCUUAGAGCCCUCGACAACCAAGACUUUCACAGGACCUUUCACUACUAUCACCGGCGUGAACACUGGGACUGCAACUGGUGCCUCAACUGUGACUCUUCCCCCUUCUGGCACUGACUCAGUCGGUACUGUGAUUGUUCUCGAGCCCUCAACCCGCACAACCUUCACUGGCCCUUUCACGACCAUUACUGGCGUCAACACUGGCACUGGAUCUUCUACAGUUACUCUACCUCCUUCUGGCACCGACACCAUUGGUACUGUGAUCGUACUUGAGCCUUCAACCAGCGCCAGUGCUACUGGGCCUUUCACCGGACCGUUUACCACUAUCACAGGUGUCAACACCGGAACUGCAACUGGUGCUUCCACCAUCACUCUGCCUCCCUCAGGUACCGACACUAUUGGCACGGUCAUCGUUUUGGAGCCUUCCACUCGUACAACCUUUACUGGUCCCUUCACAACGAUAACCGGCGUCAAUACUGGCACAGCAACUGGCGCUUCCACGUUGACCCUGCCUCCUAGUGGUACAGAUACAGUCGGUACUGUUAUCAUCCUAGAGCCUUCUACUUCUGCAGUCCCAACUACCUUUACAGGUCCAUUCACUACCAUUACAGGCGUCAACACUGGAACUGCAACUGCCCCUUCAACUCUAACCCUGCCUCCUUCUGGCACGGAUACUAUCGGUACUGUUAUCGUCUUGGAGCCCUCAACUUCAGUUGCACCUACCACUUUCACCGGACCCUUCACAACCAUCACAGGUGUGAACACUGGAACUGCAACUGCCCCUUCAACUCUGACUCUCCCGCCCUCUGGUACAGAUACUAUCGGCACUGUGAUUGUCUUGGAACCCUCGACUUCGGCUUCAGCGUUCACUGGACCCUACACUACCAUCACAGGCGUGAACACUGGUACAGCUACUGGAGCUCAGACCGUCACUCUACCACCUUCUGGUACUGAUACAAUCGGCACUGUGAUUGUUCUGGAACCAUCUACAGCUGCUACCCCAACCACGUUCACAGGCCCAUUUACCACUAUCACUGGUGUGAAUACAGGCACAGCUACGGGAGCCCAGACCGUCACCUUGCCGCCCUCUGGAACUGACACUAUCGGCACCGUUAUUGUGUUGGAGCCCUCAACUUCAGCUCCUGCUUUCACCGGGCCCUUCACUACCAUCACUGGUGUCAACACGGGUACCGCCACUGGAGCCUCGACCAUCACACUCCCUCCAUCUGGAACAGAUACCAUCGGCACAGUCAUUGUAUUGGAACCUUCAACAUCGGCACCUGCGUCAACCUUUACUGGUCCAUUCACCACUAUAACUGGGGUCAGCCCGGGCACCGCCACAGGAGCCUCAACAGUCACUCUCCCACCGUCAGGAACCGAUACCAUUGGAACCGUCAUCGUGCUCGAGCCAUCAACAUCAGUCCCUGCUUCGUCGUUCACGGGUCCCUAUACCACCAUAACAGGUAUCAACACAGGUACAGGCACAGGGGUAUCUACCAUCACUCUGCCCCCAACAGGAACUGACACCAUUGGAACUGUCAUUGUUCUUGAACCCUCGACUUCAGCUCCUGCCUCGACAUUUACUGGGCCUUUCACUACUAUCACUGGCGUCAACACAGGUACCGCCACUGGUGCAUCUACCUUGACACUUCCCCCGUCAGGCACAGAUACUAUCGGCACUGUUAUCAUCCUCGAGCCCUCAACCUCAGCACCUGGUUCGACCUUCACUGGCCCCUUCACCACCAUCACAGGUAGUGGGCCCAUUGAAACGAGUAUAACUCUGGCGCCAUCUGGAACGGAUCUUACCGGUACCGUGAUCGUGAUUGAGCCCACGCCUGUUUCGACUGUAUCCCCUGGAGCCACCGGAACUAGCGAUGGCUCAGGUGUUCCAUCAACCUCUGAUGGUUCUCAAGGUCAGUCAACGUCUUCCCCUGGAAGCUCCGACUCUGGCGCUUCAAGCACUUCCGAUUUUCCCUCCCAGCAAAGUUCAGAUGUUUCUUCUUCCCCAUCCUCUAACUCUGAUUCCUUGACCGAUGGCAACUCUGGUUCUGCGAGCGAGACUUCCAGUGGCUCUACAGUAUAUCCAUCUGGAGACUCAUCGGUUGAUUUUUCAGCUUCUGUUACUGGUAGCUCUGAGUUUGCCUUCAGUACCUCGGGUCCCGUAUCCCAGGAGAGUUCAGGUGCUUCUUCGGUAUCCUCAGCUUCAGAUACCGAGACCAACCGUGGCACCGUUGGUACUGAGUCUCUAAGCACUACUUUUACUGGCCCUGAUGGAUCUUUGACUACUACUGCUGCUUCAGGAUCACCGCCAACCUCUGGCUCGCAGAGUCAAGAGACGUCUGGCGCUGGAGGCACGGGCACUUCUGGUACGGUAUCCCAACAGAGCUCAGAAGCUCCCGGUUCCGUUACCAACGGCAACACUGGUAGCUCUGGUAGCAUCGAAACUGGCCUAGCAAGUAGCACUGGCCUUGGCGAGUCUACUGGUUCUCCAUCGGGUUCAGAGUCAACCUCUGGUGCUGUUAGUCAGUCAUCCUCUGGUGCUGUUAGUCAGUCAUCCUCUGGUGCUGGUAGCGAGUCGACCUCUGCUACGGGAAGCUCUGAUGGAGCUUCAAGCACCUCCGGCGCCGCGUCACAACAGGGUUCUGAUACCUCAUCGGUCCCAGCUACAGAGACUGGUGAUAACACCGUUGCCACUGGCUCCACGAGCACCACUUCUGGCGGUCCUGAAGCAUCAUCAGCUGAGAUUUCUUCUGGAGCUGUAUCCUCUGAGCCCGGUUCAGAGACGUCUUCGUUUGGAUCAGGUACUGCAUCUGAGACCAAUGGCAACACUGGCAGCCCUGGUUCUGGAAGUACCAGUUCUACUGGCUUUGAAGAAUCCUCCACUGAAGUUCCCUCAGCUUCAAUUUCAGGUGACUCUGAAAUAACUUCCACUGAGGCCCUUUCAGGAGCUUCAUCCUCUGGAACUGGCCCGGAGACCACUUCAGCCCUAUCAAGUGCAUCUUCAGAUGCUUUGACCAACGGCAACACUGGCAGCUUCGAGUCUACUGGCACACCUGAUGGCUCCGGUGGAUCUUCAAUACUUCCCACUGUUGCCACAUCUGGCACUGGCGCCGAGACAUCUUCAGAUGGAUCGGGUGCUUCUUCAACUCUAGGGUCGGAGACCACUGGUAACACUGGUGUCUCUGAAUCCGGAAGCACUACAUCUGGUGGUUAUGAAGGGCCAUCUACUGGGCUUCCUACAGGAGCUUCAUCCUCGCAGUCUGGCUCAGAGACAUCCCCAAUCGCAUCAGGGUCUUCUUCAGAUACCGCAACCAAUGCUAACACCGGUUCGCCAGGCUCUGGAAGCACUACUUCUGGUGGCUUUGAAGUCUCCUCCACUGAAGCUCCCUCAGCUUCGUCCUCUGGAUCAGGUUCAGAGUCUAGCGCAGCUCCAUCAGGUGCUUCCUCAGAUACCUCAACCGGUGGAAACACUGGCGGUACUGAGACUGCAAGCAGUACCUCUGAUGGCUCUGACGGCUCUUCAACAGGAUCAGGAGCUCCCACUGGUGCCACCACCUCUGGCUCUGGUCCUGAGUCUUCUGGAGUCGAGACUUCUGAAGCUGGAUCGGGCACUUCUUCAGAUUCCCUUUCAGAGACUAGUGUCAUCAGCGGCGCUUCUAGCACUGCUGGACCUGGCAGUGAAAGUAGCACCUUAGCUGCCUCUGAGGGAUCCUCAACAGGAGUUCCCACUGGGCCUGCAUCAUCUGGCUCUGGCAGUGAGACUUCUGGAGUUGCAUCGGGCACUUCUCCGGCGUCAGUUUCGGAGACAGAUGGCAACACUGGCGCUAUAAGCAGUACCUCUGAUGCAUCUGCAACGGCAGCUCCUAACGGCGAGACAUCAUCGAGCUCUGGCGCUGAAACAUCUUCAGUGGCAACUGGUGGUUCCUCUGCUCCGCUUACGGAGACUGGCAACACUGAUACCGCGGGUAUUGCAAGCAGCACCUCAGGUGUCUUUGAAGGAUCCACGACUGGAGUUCCCACUGGUCAAGCAUCAUCUGCCUCGGCUACCGAGACAUCUGGAGCCAAUUCGGGUGCUUCGUCUGCUUCACUCGCAGAGACUGACAACACUGGUGCCCCUACCUCUACAAACACUAACGGCUCUGAAGAAUCUUCAACUAGUGUUGCCCCUGGUGCUACAUCCUCUGACGCCGGCGCAGAGACCUCCUCAGCAGGAUCAGGUGCUUCUUCAACCGCCGCUGGAGAGGAGUCAAGCACUGGUACCUCAGCUACUACAGCUGGUACGUCCGAUGGCUCUGGAGGCUCUUCAACAGGAAUCGCUACUGGCGCUACUUCAUCUGGUACUGGCUUGGAGACCUCGGGUGCUUCCUCGACAAUUGUCGAGGAAUCAAGCACCGGUGCCCCUGCCUUUACCACCACUGCCUCUAGCGGUUUUGGAGGAUCUUCAACAGGAGCCUCCUCUGGUGCUACAUCAUCUGACUCAGGUUCAGAGACCACCCCAGCGGAAUCAGCUGCUUCCUCUUCGACUGAUGCUGGCGAGUCAGGCACUACCGGCGCCAUCGCUUCGACUACCAGUGCAUCUGAGGGAUCUGAAGGAUCUUCGACUGGAGUUCCCUCUGGAGCCUCUUCAUCAGACAGCUCUGAGACUUCAUCCGCUGGACCUGAGGUCUCAUCUGGAAGCUCUAGUACCUCUGAGCCUACUGGUGCCACUUCAUCUUCUGGAGCAGGCGCAGCUUCUUCGGCUUCAGCUCCAGAGACUGACAGCACUGGAGUCCCUGUCACUGCCAGUGGUACCUCUAUCGACUCAGAAGCUUCUUCUACUGGGCUUGCAACUGAGGCUUCAUCUAGCUCUGGUGUAGAGACUGCUUCAACUGGAUCCGGUGCAGAGACCACUUCGACUGGAUCAGGAGCUUCAUCUAGCUCUGGUGUAGAGACUGCUUCAACUGACUCUGGCUUAGAGACUGCAUCUACUGGAUCCGGUGCCUCUACCGGAAUUGCCACUGAGGCUUCCACCGGUUCAGGAUCAGAGACCACGUCAGCUGAAGCUUCCACUGAACCUUCAUCGUCUGACUCUGGUUCGGAGACCACCUCAACUGGAGUCGAGGCUUCGAGUGGUGCUCCCACUGAACUCACCACGUCUCAGUCAGGCCUAGAGACAUCUUCAACUGGAUUCGGAGCCACAUCUGAUAGCACCACUGGACCUACCUUUAUGACUUUCACCUCAUCGGGAUUCAUUACACGAAUCUCUAGUUCAUUAUCUUCUUCUGAAGAGAUCACUGACAUUUCAUCAGGCCCUGGUACCUCUAGUUCUCCUGCAACCGGCGCUUCCUCAACCUCUGACUCAGGUGCUGCUACUGCCUCAUCCGGGGCUGGAACAGAGACUUCUAGUUCCGCUGGAGAGCCUUCAAACACUUCUUCAGGAUCUGAUGGCUCUUCCACUUCCGGCACUCCUUCUGAGAGCUCUGCCAACCCAGGAGAGUCUUCUUCUGCUGCUGGAGAGUCUUCUGGCAUCCCUGCGGAGACUUCUUCCGGUCCUGGUUCUGAGACCACCGGUGCUUCGUCUUCUGACUCGGGUGCCGCCACUACCUCAUCAGGACCUGAUGCUUCUUCUAGCUCUGGUGUUGACACAUCUGCUCCUCCCGCUGAGUCUUCGUCUGAUGCUGGUGAGUCUUCCGGUACCUCAGGCGUUGCCUCAGAGACCUCUUCUGGCGCUGGUUCUGAGAGUACUUCAGGAUCUGCCACUUCUGGAGCCGGUGGGGAGUCCUCAGCAGUUUCUUCAUCUGGACCUGAGUCAACUUCCGAUGCAUCUUCUGCUACAACCGAUGCUGGCUCGGACACUUCUAGCACUGCAGCUACCGCUGGUGAAUCCUCUGGAGCUUCAUCUGCUGCGCCUGAGUCCUCUUCUGCCACGUCCUCGGAACCUACUGAGACAUCUGCCACUUCUACAGACUCUGGAGAGUCCUCUGCCACCACAUCAGGUGCUGCUUCUGAGACUUCCAGUGACUCUGCAGUGAACACUUCAUCCGAUAGUGGCGCCUCUUCUGGACCUGCUACCUCCGGUGCCCCUGAGACUUCCUCAGGUGCCGCUGCUAGCUCAGAAGCUUCCAGUGAUGCUUCCGCUGCGCCCACAUCUGCAGCAUCCGAGCAGUCUUCUGCUACUUCAGAAGGCCCUGCCGAAACUUCCAGUGGUGAUAGCGCCAACAGCUCUUCAGAUGCUGGUGCCUCAUCAACCCCCGGCGCUGAAGCUACUUCCUCGGCUGCUGCUGAGUCUUCGGCCCCUGCAGAAACUUCCAGUGACGUUGGUGUAAACACUUCAUCUGAUGACGGUGCCUCUUCCGGCGCUGCUACCUCUGGCGUUCCCGAGACGUCUGCGGGUGCCUCAACAAGCGACUCUCCCGCCAGCUCUACUGCUGCGCCAACCGAUGGAUCCUCUGCUACAUCGGGUGCCCCUGCACAAACGUCCAAUGAUUCUGGCGCUGGUAGCUCCUCAGAUUCCGGUGCCUCGUCUACCGCUGACGCUGAAACCUCGUCUGCACCGGCUGGCGAGACUACGUCAGGUGCCCCUGCUGAGACUUCCAGUGACGCUGGUGCUAGUAGCUCUUCAGAUGCUGGUGCCUCGUCUACCUCUGAUGCUUCGCCAACUUCGUCAGCCGACACUGAGUCCUCAUCAGCCCCCGCUGGAGAGUCUUCAUCUACAGCUGAUGUACCUGCGGAGACCUCAAGCGACGCUGGCUCAUCUGCUGCUGCAACCUCCUCCGAUGUACCUGAGUCAUCCUCAUCCGGUGCCGAGCCUACCAGCACUUCUGAUAGCUCUGGCGCCAGUGCCACGUCUUCUCCCGCCACGUCAGAUACCGCCGAAACUUCUUCUGAUGUCCCCGUCGAGACAUCCACCGAUACUGGUGCCAACAGCUCCUCAGACUCUGCGCCUGCCACAUCUUCUGACGCAGCUGAGACUUCUUCAACUGGUACUGAACCUACCAGUAGCUCCGAGGGUGUCGCUAGUACUACUUCUUCGCCCAUCGUGGAGUCUUCUUCACCAGCCACCUCAGAUGUCGUCGAAACAUCUUCUGGCGCUCCCCCUGAGACCUCUUCUGAUGUUCCAGCCGAGACGUCCAGUGAUGCUCCCGUCAACAGCUCCUCUGAGGGAGCUAGUUCAUCCGCGCCUACGACUUCCUCCGAAGCACCCGCUGAGACCUCUUCUAGCGCUCCCAUCGAGACGUCUAGCGAUGCUCCCGCCAGCAGCUCCUCUGAUUCUGCUCCUGCAACCUCUUCAGAUGACACCGAACCUACCAGCAGCUCUGAUGCUGCCGCUAGCACCACCUCCUCCCCAGCUGAGGAGUCGUCAACGCCAGCUACCUCGGAAGCCCCCGUUACCUCCUCCGAACCACCCGCUGAGACCUCUUCUGGCGCUCCUGUUGAGACUUCCAGUGAUGUUCCAGCCAGCUCCUCAGCGGCUGAGAGUUCAUCUGCCGCAGCCACGUCCUCCGAGCCCGCUGAAUCCUCCUCUGCUGCCACCGAGACCAGCGUCGAGCCUACCUCAUCCGCCGCCGAGACUUCUUCUGCUGCUUCCUCAACCGCUGCUGAGACAUCAGCUCCCGAGUCUUCCUCUGCUGCCCCCGAGUCCUCUUCAGCCGCAGAGACAUCUGCUGAGCCUGCUACGACCGAAGCCCCAACCUCCGCCAGUCCAACCACUCCCGAGCCCCAGACCUCCUCUGCAACUGAGUGUAUCCCUUCGCCCAACGUUUCAGGUUCUUGCGCCGUGGCUCUCCCCGCUGCCUGUGCACAGCUCGAGACUACCAACGGUCUAGCUCUUAUCCCUGUCCUCGCUAUCUGUACUACGGCCCUCGGGCCCUAUGCCGUUGGUAACGUUGCCUCCUGUCUCGCGACCACCCCGAUCGUUGGCUCUUCUGGCUUGAGUAUCUUCAACUGUGUCGUCACUGCCUUGGAAGAGCGUUGUAUCACAACCCUUCCCGAAGCUUGUACAGAUCUGGCAAAUACCAAUGGUCUUGAGCUUGUCGCCGAUGUUGCUGUUUGCGCUGUUGCUCUCGGUCCCUUUGCCGCUGGAAGUGCUGCUACGUGUCUCUCCACUGGUGAUAUCACUGGCAGUACAACAGGUACAAGCAUCGUCGAGUGCCUCGAGAUUGCUUUUGGUCUUGCGUCUGGCUCAAGUACCGUUACUGGCGUUCCAUUCUGCGAUGAGCCUGCGACUACGCCCACGCCCACGCCUACGCCUACGCCUACGCCAACCCCUCAGGCAGUCUGUUUCACAAUGCCUGAAGAUUGCACAUUCCUUAGCACUUUGACUGGUUCCGUCGCUAUUGCUAUAUCUGCUCCUGCUUGUAGAACAGCACUCGGUAAUUACAACACAGGCACCGUGUCGAAUUGCUUUACCAAUGGCGUCGGUCUCUUCACAUCCGGAACAGUUGUCACCAAUUGUCUUAACAAUGCCCUUUCUGGCACGUGUAUCUCGGCGCUUCCAGCCGCUUGUACCAGCCUGGCAGGCCAGAAUACCGUUCAACUUGCCUUGAACCUUGGUGCCUGCGACAGUGCUCUUGGACCAUUCGGAGAAGGGGCGGCGGAGAAUUGCUUGAACGUUGCUCAGGGUAGCGGUGACGCUGUUGUGAGCUGUCUCAACAAUGCACUUUUCUUCCCCACCUCAGCUAGCUUGGCUAAGUAA